UUUAUUUGAAAAGAUGGUCAAAAUCAAAACCUCAUCAUAAAAAACAUCUCAGAACUUCAACAAAGUUUUGUGAUUGUUGUGUAACUGAAAGAACAUAGAAGUGACAGAAACAUGACAAGAAGAUGGUCCUUGUACAUGGAUGUUCUGCCACCUGCUGUGAUUAUAUGCUAUGAAUGUAUUGACAUGGCUUUACUCACUUUGUUCAAAGCAGCUACACUUCAAGGGAUGAACAAUCAUGUCUUUAUUGCUUAUGCUUAUGCUGUUGGUACUUCUGUUCUUCUCCCUGUCACUCUUUUCACUAGAAGAUCAAGAGCUGUUCCUCCUCCAAUCAGUUUCUCCAUUAUAUGCAAAAGUGUGCUUCUUGGGGCAAUAGGAUGUUCAUCUCAGAUUCUGGGGUAUAUUAGUAUUAAUUCAAGUUCUCCAACACUUGCUUCAGCAAUUGCCAAUCUGGUACCUGCUUUCACUUUCAUGCUAGCUGUUACUUUCAGAAUGGAAAAGUUAGCUGCAAAGAGUAGAAGCAGUAAUGCUAAGGUAAUUGGAAGCAUAAUAUCAAUAGCAGGUGCUUUUGUGUUGACUUUCUACAAAGGACAAUCCAUCAUGAAUUCCUCAUCACUUCAUCAACCAAUUGACUUUCUCAAGUCUGUGGAUUCAAGUUGGGCCAUUGCUGGUAUUCUGCUGACAAUUGACUAUUUUCUGGUUUCACUAUGGUACAUUUUACAGGUACAUAUCUUGAAAGAGUUCCCAGAUGAACUAACUUUAGUCUUGAUAUAUUCCAUAACUGCCACAAUCAUAUCUACAGUUGUAGCUUUGUUAUCAGUUCCAAAUUCAAGUGCUUGGAUAAUAGGACUAAAUCUCUCACUUAUCUCCAUUGUUUCUUCUGGAAUUUUCGGGAAGUUAAUCGGUAACAUAGUUUCUGCCUGGGCAAUACACUUAAAGGGGGCUGUCUAUGUAACCUCAUUCAAGCCACUGCAAAUUGUUAUCUCUGUUUGGUUGGGAGUUAUAUUCCUUGGUGAUACUCUUCAUCUUGGAAGUAUAAUUGGAGCCAUAAUAAUCUCAAUUGGUCUUUAUGCUGUAUUAUGGGGCAAAGCUACAGAAGAGAUAGAGGAAGAUGUUGGUGGUAGCUUGCAGUCACCAUCUACUGAGAAUGCACCUCUUUUGCAAAGCAAUAGAGCAGAAACUUUUGAAAAGAAAAUAGAUGGAAAUGUUUAAAAACAUGGUUAUCAAAUUGAAAAUGUUUAUAAGCAUAUGAAUCGUAAGAUACAUGCACAAAAAAAAUACAUUUAGCAAAAACAAGGUAUAUAUGAAAAUACUAAGUUCGAUUUUUUUU